AAUGAGCCGACAGAUUAUUAUGAAAUGAGCAUGAGGAAACCGAGGACAUAGCUUUUAAAGAGCGGUUCAGUGCGUCGUUUUAGGCCGUUUUGGGGGGAGCGUCGGGAUGCAUUCCCAGAUAUUGUGUAAAAGUACGGCGGCGGCCGUCGCUGCGAGGAGAAUGCGGAAUAUUUUGGGUGCUGUCCUGGGCAGAGACGGCUGGACGUGGAGAUCCCAUGAGGUCAAACUCCUCAGCACGUCUUCAGGUGACACAGUGACAAUAGGAGAGAUCUCUUACCAGCUCAAAACACCCCGGAGUCCAGAACUUGUUCCUGUCAAACACAUUUCUGACUCCAUACCUCAGACGGUGGCCCAGCAUCUACGAUGGAUCAUGCAGAAAGACCUACUGGGGCAGGACGUGUUUCUCAUCGGCCCCCCGGGACCCCUGCGGCGCUCCAUAGCCAUGCAAUACCUGGAGCUGACCAGGCGGGAGGUGGAGUACGUGGCUCUGUCCAGGGACACCACAGAGACCGACCUGAAGCAGAGGAGAGAGAUCCGUGCAGGGACGGCCUUUUACAUUGAUCAGUGUGCCGUGAGGGCAGCGACCGAGGGUCGGAUCCUUGUUCUGGAGGGGCUAGAGAAGGCGGAGAGAAAUGUUCUGCCCGUCCUCAACAAUCUACUGGAGAACAGAGAGAUGCAGCUGGAGGACGGACGCUUCCUCAUGUCAGCCGAGCGCUACGACAAGCUGCUGCAGGACCACACCAAAGAGGAGCUGGACGCCUGGAAGAUUGUCCGUGUAAGCGAGGACUUUCGGGUCAUUGCUCUGGGACUUCCUGUCCCCAAAUACAAGGGCAACCCACUGGAUCCUCCUCUCCGCUCCCGCUUCCAGGCCAGAGACAUGUUCUACCUACCUUUCAAGGACCAGUUGGAGCUGUUGUACACAGCAGGACCAAAUGUUGCAGCUGAAAGGGUGUCCCAGCUGCUGUCGCUGGCCACCACGCUGUGCUCCCAGGAGUCGUCCACCCUCGGCCUGCCUGACUUCCCCAUGGACAACCUGCCUCCAGCUCUGCAAAUACUGAAUGUCUUCCCCAUGCUGUCCUCGCAGCAGCUGGUCCAAAGACUUUACCCCUACAACAGUAUACUGGGCAAGGAGGGACGCACUGCUGUGGAGGGUGUCCUCAGUAGGUUUGAGCUUUUGGACGGGCGUCACCAGCCAGCUCCCAGUGAUGUUUUAAGCGUGUCCUCGUCUCGGGAUGUGGAGCACCACGCAGAUGUCACGUUACGCGUCGCAGACAAGGACGUCACCUUUCAGGUUCCAGCAGGCACCAAGGAGCUCCGCCCACCCCACAGUAGCCCCGCCUUCAUCAGUACACCAAGCCACGCCCAGCUGCUGGCUGAGAUGAUGCAGUCCCACAUGGUCAAAGACAUGUGUUUGAUAGGGCCCAAGGGUUGCGGCAAAUCAGUGAUUGCCAGAGAAUUUGCGGAGAUGCUGGGUUACAGCAUCGAACCUGUCAUGCUCUAUCAGGAUAUGACAGCCAGAGACCUUCUCCAGCAGCGGUACACCCUCCCCAACGGAGACACGGCAUGGAGGCCGUCUCCGCUGGUCACCGCUGCCCAGGAGGGGAAGCUGCUGCUGCUGGACGGCGUCCACAGGGUCAACCUGGGAACCCUGGCCGUGCUCGCCAGGUUGCUCCAUGACAGGGAGUUGGCUCUUUAUGAUGGGACCAGGCUGCUGAGGUGGGACAGAUAUCAGAGCCUUAAGGAACAAUUGCAGCUCACUGACCAGCAGCUGCAGGAGAGGUCUAUCUUCCCCAUCCACCCGUCGUUCAGGGUGCUGGCCCUGGCUGAGCCUCCUGUGGUCGGGGCCAGCAGCAGCAAAGGCAGCAGUGGAGCUCAGCAGUGGUUGGGGCCGGAGCUGCUCACCAUGUUCCUCUAUCACACCGUCACACCGCUGUCCAGAGCAGAGGAGAUCAGCCUCAUACAGGGACUGACUCCCAGUGUGCCUAAAGAGGCAGUGGAGCAGCUACUGCAACUCACACACAGCCUCCGCAAGACAAACGACCCCACAGCACAGUCUCUGGCCUCAUCUCUCUCCACCAGACAGCUGUUGAGGAUCUGUCGUCGUCUCUCUCAGUACCCGGAGGAGAGCAUCGCUCACGCUGUCAACAAGGCCUGUCUCUCCAGAUUCCUGCCUAGCCUGGCCCGUGCUUCUCUCCAGAAGAACCUGGCCAAUUGCUCCAUAGAGGACACACCAGACUCUGCAGAACACACUCGCAGCCACAGCUGUACUGUAAAGGACGGUGUGUUGACUAUCGGCAGUGUGUCCUCUCCCGUCUACAACCCCAGUGAGAAAAUGAAGGUUCCGGAUGUGCUCUUCUAUGAUAACCCACAGCAUAUGAUGGUGAUGGAGGACAUGCUGAAAGACUUCCUGUUAGGAGAGCAUCUACUGUUGGUGGGCAACCAGGGUGUGGGUAAGAAUAAGAUAGUGGACCGAUUCUUGCACCUUCUGAACCGGCCCAGGGAAUACCUGCAGCUACACAGGGAUACAACAGUGCAGACUCUGACCCUGCAGCCCUCGGUCCGAGAUGGGAUCAUCGUGUACGAGGACUCACCGCUGGUGAAGGCAGUGAAGCUGGGUCACAUUUUGGUCAUCGACGAAGCUGACAAAGCUCCCACCAACGUCACCUGCAUUCUCAAAACCUUGGUGGAAAGCGGAGAGAUGAUUCUGGCUGACGGACGCAGGAUAGUUUCAGAUCAACGCGAGGCUCAAGGACGGCCUAAUACCAUCGCCAUGCACCCAGACUUCAGGAUGCUGGUCCUGGCUAACCGACCUGGCUUUCCCUUCCUGGGCAACGAUUUUUUCGGAGCUCUAGGAGACAUCUUCAGCUGCCAUGCAGUGGAUAACCCCAAGCCCCAGGCCGAGCUGGCCAUGCUGAAGCAGUACGGCCCCAACGUCCCAGAUGCCACCCUGCAGAAGCUGGUGGGCGCUUUCGGAGAGUUGAGGUCAAUGGCCGACCAGGGCACUAUCACUUACCCCUACUCCACCCGAGAGGUGGUCAACAUCGUCAAACACCUCCAGAAAUUCCCCGAUGAGGGUUUGGCCAACGUGGUGCGAAACGUCUUUGACUUCGACUCGUACAACAAGGACAUGCGGGAGGUUCUGAUCGGAGCGCUGCACAAGCACGGGAUUCCCAUCGGAGCCAAGCCCAGCUCCGUCAACCUGGCCAAGGAGCUGCCCCUGCCAGAGGUCAAGAUGUCGGGGUAUUGGACCACCAACCAGGGGGGCAACGCUCGCCGCAAGCUACUCUGUCCCACUGAGACACACCCCAUCGAUAUCAAGGGCCCGGUGUUCCUGCGUGUUCAGGGUUAUCCCUGCAACAGACAGGAAAGCAGGGCUUUGAGCUUCAGCGAAGAGAAAGCCCACUGGCAGAUUCCCAUGAACGAAGUGAACAUCAUCUGUGACGUCACAACUAAAGACGAUGAGCUGUACGUGGCGACAUGUAAUCCCGUGUCCCUGUAUGCCAUGAAGGAGCGAGGGGAGACCAUCCACUGCAUGGAGCUCUACGAUGUUUUUCCCAGGACCAUCAGUGGCGUCUGGCAGCCCUUUGUCACCGUUGCUGCCUUGGGAAGCCCCCUGGACGGGCAGGUGGUGCUGCAUGAGGAGCAGAGCAACACCGUGCUUCACCUGGACUUGGUAACAGGUGCCGUCCGGAGGCUCAUGUUGUCUCAGGACAGCGAUCAGCCCUCUACCAAGCCCUCCAGUUGGUGGAGCAGCAAGGAGCAACAGGGAGGUCAUAAAAUGUGUCGUGAUUUUGCCCACAAAAACUGGCUCCUCUUCUACAAGGAGGACGGCAACCACCUGGAGGUGCUGGAUGUGCUCGAGGGCAGGGUCCACUCCAUCUCCCUGCCCAUCAACCUGAAGACCGUCUUCCUGGUGGCCGAGGACCGCUGGCUGCUGGUGGAGAGCAACACCAACAAGAAGUUUCUGCUGACUAAGCCCAUGCACAUGGGAGCUGAGGACUCUGGAGUGUGUCAGCUCCACACCAUCACCGAGGACUCAGUCAGCUCUGGCCAUGGAGCCAGCUCAGGUGAGCUGUGCGUACCCCAGAUGCUGUCAUGCGACCAGCUCCCCAACGAGAACCUGAGUGUCGCUCUGAACCAGAAGAUCGUCUCGCCUAACCGUCUGCUGGCCGACACCGGCUCCUACGCACAGGUCAUCGUGGGCUUCCCAGACCUCAUGUCCCCUAAUGAGGUGUACACCUUCAAAAGGCCCGUUGACCUAUCAGAGAAGAAGGGAGGUGAAGGAGGAGGUCACAUGUUCUUCAGAGGCGGGCUCCGCUCCAGUUCGGCCAAACAGACAAACUGUGUUAGUCUGCUCUCAGCCAAUCAGGUGGUGCGGGCCGUGCCGCCCUAUCAGGUGCCACUGAAGGAAGUCUACCCAAAAGACGUCACACCGCCAAUGGCAGCAGCUUACCUGGAGGUGACGGACCUGAACUCCAAGAAGGUCAAAUACAUUCCUGUCCCAAGGUCAAUGACCGUGUCGCCCUACACCAACUGGCUGUCCAAGGUGUCAGACUCUGACGUUAUACUGGCUGGUCUGGGUUCUGGGGGUGUGGUCACAGUGGAUAUGGGCGGGUACGUCCGGCUGUGGGAGACAGGAUUGGACAAUCUGCAGCGAUCGCUGAUGGAAUGGAGGAAUAUGAUUGGGACAGAGGAUGGCAGGCCUAUACAGAUUACCGUCCAGAGGGACAGUGGUCUGGACGUCACCGCCCCAAAACACGGCAAGAUUGACCCCAACAACGCUCCUCAUGUUGGAGGAAACCAGUGGGCUGGAGGCACAGGAGGCAGAGACACGGCGGGUCUGGGUGGCAAAGGGGGGCCCUACCGCCUGGACGCUGGACACAAGGUCUACCAGGUGUCCCAGGCGGAGAAGGAUGCCGUGCCAGAGGAGAUACGCAGAGCUGCCCGUGAGAUGGGCGAGAAAGCCUUCAAAGAGAGGCUGAAGGAGAUUGACAUGAGCGAGUACGACGCUGAAACGUACGAGCGUUUCUCCAAGGCGGUGAGGAGACAAGUUCAGUCUCUCCGCAUCAUCCUGGACAGUUUGCAGGCCAAAGGAAAGGAGCGACAGUGGUUGAAGAACCAGGCUAUCGGAGAACUGGAUGAUGCUAAAAUCAUUGAUGGACUGACCGGAGAGAAGGCCAUAUAUAAACGCAGGGGAGAGCUAGACCCAGAGCUGGGCAGUCCUCAGCAGAAGCCCAAGCGUCUGCGGGUGCUCGCCGACGUGUCAGGCAGCAUGUACAGGUUUAACGGCGUGGACGGCAGGCUGGAGCGCUCCAUGGAGGCCGUGUGCAUGGUGAUGGAGGCUCUGGAGAGCUACGAGCACAAGUUCAAGUAUGACAUAGUGGGCCACUCAGGCGACGGCUUCGACAUCGAGCUGGUCCGAGCGGACAAGGUCCCCAAGGACAACAAACAGAGACUCAAAGUCCUCAAGAAUAUGCAUGCCCACGCCCAGUUCUGCAUGAGCGGCGACUACACCCUGGAGGGCACCGAGGCCAGCAUCAGGGAGCUGGCGCGAGAGGAGGCCGACGAGCACUUCGUGGUGGUGCUGAGCGACGCCAACCUGGAGCGCUACGGCAUCCGGCCCGAGCGCUUCGCCCGCGUCCUGACCUCCGACCCGCAGGUCCACGCCUUCGCCAUCUUCAUCGGCUCCCUCGGCGAUCAGGCUGAGAGGCUCCAAAAGACACUACCAGCCGGAAGAUCCUUCGUUGCCAUGGACACCAAACAGAUCCCCCAAAUACUGCAGCAGAUCUUUACAUCCACCAUGCUGUCCAGUGCCUGAAGCUGACACACACACACACACACACACACACACACACACUGCAAAAACGCAAAAUCGUACCAAGAUUAUUUGUCUUAUUUCAAGUCAAAAAUGUCUU